AUGCCACUCCCAGCAAGCAGGGCUCGGCCAAACAAACCCACCCCAGGUCGCGCUCUCGGCUCGGUCGACUACAAUGUCGGACUCGCCGUCUUUGGCCAGCCCAUUUCCAAACCCCCUUGCCCCGCCCCCAAAGCGGAUGUCUUUUCGACAGCAUCACCGCGAGCUCAAGCACGCACCAAUGAGAAUCUUUUUCACCAAGCACGCGCCAAGCGGCCGCUCGAGUCCAAAGCCACCGCCGCCGCCAAUCCGCCCAAACGUCCCAAGGUCGAGGAGGUCAAGCGCGUAGAGGAGGCUCGUCCACGCAAAGUAGAUGAGAAAUGGGUGGCCAAGUGGAUCAAAGUCUUUCCCACCUUGACGCUUCACUUUGAGUCUGGGGUCGACGAUGCAGCAGGGCGGAUGUUGCGCCAGAGGGUGUUGAGAUUAGGAGCAUCUGUCGAUGCCUUUUUCCAUCACAAAGUUACCCAUCUUAUCAUCCGAGGCGGAUCUUCGCCCCAGAAGAGAGGCGCUAUGGGUUUAGCCGACAAGGCCAGGGAUAUGGGCAUGAAGGUGUGGGAUAUGAAGAAACUCGGCGAGCUCGUUUCCCACAUCUCCCCCGUCGAGGUCGCAGCUGCAGACUCUCUCCGCACCCUCCUCGAGGAUGAGCGCCUGCAUGGCACAAGGGAACGGGACAGUACUGCCCCUCGCCCGGACCACUACUACUUUAAACCGGGAAGCAAAUACGUCCUCAUCGAAGACGCCAUCGGUCGGCAUCGGCCCAUCAUGAUCAAAGAAUACCCCGGCGGUCAGCCUGAAUGGCCAGUCCUCCACGACACCUUUCUUCGCACCAUCCAGUCGGACACCUCACCCGUCGAUCGGCGGGCACGGGCAUGGUCGCUCUACGUCGAGUGCAAGCCCUAUGCGGGUGAGCGUCCUCCCGGCGAGCUACGACGCGCUACUUCCAUGCGCAACAUCUCUGGCACGCCCGACCUUCCCCCUCCCGCCCCCUACCAAAUCGCAUCUGGCAAUAGCGUCGUCCUUACCUCCAAUAUCGCAUCCACCUCCAACGCCAACCCCUCCCCCUUUACCGCUACCCUCGGCUCGGCUAAAGAUCGCGCCAUCAAGCAGCUGUCCAAGCGGGUACAGGUGCUCAAGGGCAACGCGCGCCUCGCGGCGGUCAAGCACAAUCAGCCCAAUGACCUCUUUGCACCUCAGCGACGAGCGUCCACCGGCUCGGCCCCGCCCCCAAGGCUUUUUAGUACGCAGGAGCAGGUGGUUGAGAUGCUGAGGCGCACGCGGGAGCCCAAGGAGGAAGUGUAUAGCAAGGAGAUCAGAGUGGCAAACCAUGAAAAGGUUCAUUGUCAGGGCGGCAAGGAACAGGACACGGCGGCGGGGUACUGCGAGAAUUGCCGAUUGCGCUACCCAGAUCUUUCAAUCCAUCUAGCGUCCAAGAAGCACCGGCGGUUCGCCCAUGACAAUCAAAACUUUGCCGAGCUGGAUCAACUCCUGGCUACGCUGCGGCGGCCCGGCGACAUUGGCGUCUUUGACGAGAGCGAUGAGGAGACGGAGCAGGACGCCGAGGAUGACGAUGAGGGGUCGGAUGGGGCCUCAGAGUAA